GAUUUUCAUGAAUUAACUCUAUUAGAUAAACCAAUCAGUUUACACUUAAUACCCCAUCCAUGUGUAAAAUAUAAAAAAAUAGUUGAUAAUAAGGAAAUAAUUCAUAAAGGAAAUUACAAAUCAUUUUUUUCAAAAGUAAAAAGAACGAAUAUAAAUGACAGUUUAAAUGGUAAUCAUAAAAAGAAAAUUAAAACAUCUCAAGAUGAUAUAAUGUUUGAAAAAAAAGAUAAUAUAAUUAACAAUACUGAUAUUGACAUAAAUAAUAACAACAAUAAAAAUAGCAGCAGUAUCACAGUCAUCAAAGAAACCCAACCUUUUAAAUUAAUAAAAAAGAAAAACACCAAUGAAAUUGCAAUAUAUUUAUUUAAAGGUAUUAAAGCAUUAUAUCAAUUGCUUUUUUCAUAUCCAAAAGGAGUUACUAGCCCAUCUAAUUUUUUUUCCAGAUUAGUAAAGAGUUUCAAAUAUACAGAUAGUGGUUUAAUAAAUCAAAAAAUCGAUGAAUAUUUAAUUAGCAAUAACAAUAAUCAUAAAAUUACCAAAUUAUUAUCAAUAUUUAUAUUUUCACAUUUAAAUAUUUUAGUUAAAAAAGGGGUAUCACCAAUUCAAGAUAUAAAAGAAAUUUAUAAAAAAAUUUUAACAAAAGUUAAUAAUAGGGAACAUAUUAAAUCAAUUCAUUCAUUUUAUAAAAGAACUAAUAACAAAGAUAAAUAUACAUCAAUAUAUAGUGACAUUAUAGAUUGUUUAAAAUUUGUCGAUCAAAGUGUUGAAAUAGAAAUAAGAACAUAUAAUUUUUUUAGUUACCAACUCCAAUACUCAACACAAAUAACUUCAAACAGAAAUGAUAAAAAUAUAAAAACGAUAAAAAUUUUUCUAAAUCAAAAAUACAACACAAACAAUAAUUAUAACAACCCAUACAAUAGCAACGAAAUAAUUAAAGUUUAUGACCAAGAGGUUUUCAACGAUAGCUUUUGCUCAAAACCAGAUCAAUAUUGCAAUAAGAACAUAUUCAAAAGUGAUUUUGGAAACAACCCAGAAGAUUUGAAAUAUAAAUGUAUUUUUUUUAAAAAUAAUUUUUUCUUCCAUCCACCUCAAAAUGGGAACUAUUCAAUCUCGCCAUCAUUAGAGUUGUUCAAGUUGUGCUUUGGUGUCUUUAGCAGCGGUUUAUUUAAAAAUUUUGACUGGGGUGAAGAAACUGAUGAAACUAGAGUAAUAGUUUCAGGUGGCUCUAUUUCUGCAUGUAUCGAUACACUUCCAAUUACAAUUAAAAAAGAAUUCAUCCGUUAUAAAACAAUCGAAAGAUAUUUAUACAAAUUAAAAAUGCCGGAACUGUUAGUUAGAAAAUUUAUGGAAUUUGUUUUUGAAGACUCCCUUUUAAAAGAAUUACUUUUUGAAAGAUUCUUCAGUCCAAACUCACCCACCUUCGAUAGCGAUGUAGAUGUAUGGUUUAUUGGCCAAGAUUUAAAUAGUGCCAAAAAAAAACUUUAUCAAACUAUCGAAAAUAUUAAAUCAAAUUUUAGAAAAGCCAACCCACUUUCGGAAAAUUCAUUUUUUUAUGUUCAAACACCAAAUGCUUUAACAUUCUUUGGAACUUACCCACAGAGAAAAAUUCAAUUUAUCACCAAAAUAUACAAUUCUGUUGAUCAUUUACUUUCCACAUUCGAUAUGGAUUGUGUUAGGGUGUUUUAUGAUGGGUCCAAUGUGUUUAUGCAUAGAGAAUCAAUUGACUCAUACAAUAAAAGGCAAAAUAUUGCAAGUCCAUUUAGCAAACCACAUAAUAACCGAUUAGAAAAAUAUUUACUCAGAGGCUUCAAUACAUAUAUACAAAAUAACACUUCAUCUUAUAAAGAGUUUGAUUCCCAUUCUUUUCAUAAUGAAUCUUUAAAAGAAGGCCUUGAUAUCGCCCAAAUGAAAGAUUUUUUUGCUGAAAAGUUCGGUAGUGAAUCAGUUUCAAAUGAUCCAUAUAAUUUAUUGGAAUUUAAUGAAAUAUCAUUUAAGGAAAAAUUAGAGAUUUCACAAAGAGUUUCAAUCGAAUGUAAAGCUUGUAGAAGCCAAUUUAUUGGGAGUUACAAAAAAUUUUGCUCGUUGUAUGGAAAGAGAUGCUCAGGGUUUUAUAAUUUAGCAGGUACAAAUGUUGAUCUUGUUAGAGAAAUUACACCAUUUAAAUAUUCAUUAGUACUUGGAGGAAGAACAGGUUUAGGUUUUCAAAUUGCUUUUUAUCUUUUAGAUCUAGGUUUCACAGUAUUUAUUACAUCAAGAUUCCCAGAAAUAACAAAAAAUAAAUUUUCUCAACAAAAUUUUUCCCCCCACCUAAAGAAACUGCAUAUUAUUAAAGUCGAUUUCAAUGAUACAGUCCAAACUGAACAUUUUAUCAAAUAUAUCAAAAAAAAAAUUCCACAACUAGAUUUAUUUUUCAAUACAAUUAAAUUUUCAAAUAAAAAUAUAAAUAAUAACUAUUCAUCAAUUUUUAAUCAAUUAAAAAAUCAAGAAGAGAGUUUAACAACCAAUAAAAGUACAGAUUAUAAUCCAAACCAACAAAAUGAAUUUCAAAUCAAAAUCAUUCAUAUUAGUAAUAAAAAUAUAAAUUAUAAAUAUGAUUUCGAAAUUGAUCAAUCAACAUCAACUACCAACCAAAUUAUAAAUAACUCAAUGGAAUUAACUAAUGAAUUUGUUAACUAUUUACAUUAUAAAUUUCCAAAACUAAUAGUUAGACAAUUAAUUCCAAUAAUUAAAAACCAAAAGAAAAAAAAUGAUUAUUAUCUUGAAAAUCACACGGGCUUUUAUCCACGUAGCACAGAUAGUUUUCUAGAAACCGGUAUUAUAUUUAACAUUAAUUGGAAAGAAGGAGAUAUAAUAGAUAGUGACAUUAAAAACUUUGAAGAAGAUAUUUUAUAUCUUAAGUAUCCAGUAACCGACAAAGAUUUAAAAAAAUGUUAUAUCAAAAGAGAAGAAAAUCUGCUUGUAUUAAAAACUUCAUCUAUAUUGGUCUCAGCUUAUUGUUACUAUGUAAUGUGUAGCUUAUGUGAAUAG